AUGGCGGAGCAGCUGCACUGGGCCGGCGGGGGAGCCGUCCAGGCCAGUCCUCUGCCCGCCUGCCUCACAGCAGCGGUCCCAGAGGGCCCUGGAGAGCCCCCCGCACUCCCGGAAGCCCCCCCGCUGCGAGGCGGUUUGUGCGUGGAGAAGCCGGGCAGCCACCCGGCCCCGGCCUGUGCAAGGAAAGCCACGGAACCCGGAGCCGAGCCCACUGCAGGCAGCCGCUGCCCCCAGCACUGUCGUGACACGGGCAGGCGCGGGGCGGGCAGACUGACAUCCAGCCGCCUGCCACGCUGCUCGCGUGCCUCGCGGUCGGACUCGGGCGGGCAGGAGGCGGCGCAGGAGCAGCUGCGUGGGAAGGCUCGGCAAACCCAAGAGAACGGGCAGCUCUGCUUCUGCUGUCACAAAUCCCACAAAACCUUUGCGACAAACCCGGCAGGCGGGCAGCUCCACCGCCCAGACCAGAAACAGGAAGGAAAGGGCUGGCAGACGGCAGGCAGCGUCCACUCGGCCCCCUUGCUGAGCCGAGAGCCGGGCCGCCUGCCUCCUGGCCCUGCGCCAGCCUCCCCAGGGCGGCGCUCGCCCGGAACGGUCUCCUUCCCACUGCACGAAAGCCGCCCGACGCCUGGCAAGGGAGCCGUGCGGGAGCCCUCCGAGGCGUCCCAGCAAAGCCCUGGCCGGCGCCACCCGGCGGAGGGGCCUGCAGGCCCCCAGUCGAGCAGCCCAGACGGGGAGCGGGGUCGGCCUGGCGAGGAAAGGGCUCCUCCAGGGUGGCCCCCCUUGCUGAAUGCCACCCUGGGAAGGCCCUCCGGGCACCGACUCUCGCGCCCACCCCGCACCUGCGGGAGCCCUUCACGCCCGCGUGGCGCUGCUGCUGGAGCGCGGGCUGCCUCGGUGGCCUCAUUCGGGGAGACGCACGGCAAGCCUGGCGCAGCCCCAGCUCGUCUCGGUGUGCACCCCACGGCGCUGGGCUGCAGCACCGCUCCCCUCAUCCCCGGCCAGGGCUGGGAAGGCUCCUCUAUUGCCCCCGAUGCUGGUCGGAACGGGGCGCACUAG